UACCGCGAGCUGCCAGAGGAUUGCCUACUUUACCAAGCUACUUUCCUCGCUGGAACUCCUUGUUCUCAGGAUAAAGCAGAAGCAGAAAUGUCAUCUGGACUCAACGCAGAUUUCGCUCCCCUCUUCAAAGACCUGGAUGGCUUCUACAUCAGCAGUUUCCUCGACGAGGACACAGUGCGAUCCGCUCUGUCCUACAAACCCCGGUCCGACGACAUCUUUAUCGUCACCUACCCAAAGUCUGGCACGACUUGGACUCAGUACAUCGUGUACUGCAUCUUGAACGACGGUGCCCUCCCGAAGGACUUCACGGAAUUCACGCUGAUGUCUCCUUGGUUAGAGUUCUUGGGUGCCGAAGCGGCGGAGAAAAUGACGCGACCGGGUGCCAUCAAGUGCCACCUUCCCUUUGACAAGCAGCCUUAUUCGGAGAAGGCCAAAUACAUAUACGUGGCUAGAAAUCCGUACGACUGCUGCGUCUCCUUCUACCACCAUUGCAAAGGUAUCCCUCACUACGGGCUAGAAGACGCAACAUUCGACCAGUUCCUCGAGUUGUUUCUCACCGGACAAGUUGGCUGCGGAGAGUAUUUUGACAACUUGCUUUCCUGGUACAAAAACCGGAAAGAUUCGAAUGUCCUUUUCUUAAGAUACGAAGACUUAAAAAAGGACACCGUGGCUUGCGUGCUAAAGAUUGCAGACUUUCUAGGUGAGCAGUACGGUCGAAAGCUGAGAACCGACGACACGUUGCUCGAGAAAGUGGUCAAAUCCACCAGCUUGGAAGGCCUCAAGAAGGAAGUGAACGACAGUGCGAAGCAGAUGAUACCGAAUCUCCUUGCGCUUCCACCUGAAAGGCAGCUGAAAUCUUUGAAAAUUUUCGGUCAGAAGUUUAGUGACAAGAGAAUGUUCGUGCAGAAAGGAAACUUCAUUCGCAAGGGUAUUUUUGGAGACUACAAAAACCACUUUUCACCCGAACAAAUUCAACGAAUGAAGGACUGGAUUGCGUUUAGGACAAAAGGAAGCGACGUCAUGAAUUUGUGGAGUGAUAUUGAGCUGCCUUGAUUGGUUCGCCCUAACAAUUAAAUUUGGGUUACAGUUUUUUGUUGUAUGGUCAAGGAUGAUAUAAUGUGUGUUAGCAUUUAACAUUUUCUGAAUGGUUUUAUCUGCUUGCGACGUGAACCCUACACGUCACUGCCAGUUAGGAGGGGAAUAGCCAAAACAACAACAAGGUAGUUGAUAGGAUAUUUAUACAGUUUGAUUAUUUUAUGUUUUUGUGGUUCAAUGCGAAAGCAUUAAAUGUCCCAUGGAGUGAAGCCUGUAGUCUGUAACAGCGAAUCGAUGGAAAACUCCCAUUGCAUGGCUCGCGGCAAAGUUCCAAGGAACGCCACCUCACACAAGAACAAGGUGUCUCGCGAACUGCGUGAGGCUUUUGAGAUUCGGGCUAGGGGAAAUGAGUGUGUCAGCGAAACGUCACUGGCCCUAUCUACGGGCGGUACGAGUACUUAAAAUGUGACUAGAUGAGGGAGGGAGUAACUGAUGACUGUGCGCUCCUGUUGGGAAUAAUAUCGUGUACUUUUUCAAAUAAACUUCAGUUGAGAGUG